CUUCUGUUAAUAGCCAGGCAUGGAAAAAGUGGGUGUCACCUAACUGUCUCAUCCAAAAUGCACACACACACACAAUAAUAUUUAUAUGUCAGACAGCACACGUCUCCCUCUAACUGACAUUCACUUGAUUACAGACGCUGAAACACAGAGUCAUGGCUGACAACCACCCAGGCUGGCUUUCAGUGAAGAAGAGGGAGAAGAAAGGAGAGAGCAAACCACUGGAGGAGGAGCAGGAGAAGGAGAAAGUGUUGAAGACAGGAUACCAAGUUGUGAAGACGGGAUACCAACACCAACCAGGGGAGGUGAGGAAGAAGGAGGGAGGCGGAGAGAAGACAGGUGGAACGGAAGAGAUAACAGAGGUAGCAGAAGGAGGAGUGGAAAAUGGAGAGUUUGAAACCAUCGAGCUGCCACCAUGGGAGAUCGUCACUGGGGAGCAGAUGAGUCCGUUCUACUUUAAGUUCCAAUUCCGGAACGUUGAGUAUUCAUCUGGUCGUAAUAAGACGUUGCUAUGUUACCGCGUGGAGACUCCGGAGGGCACCACUGAUCCACUACAGGGAUACAUGGAGGACGAACACGCCACCACACACGUAGAGGAGGCCUUCUUCACACGGGUCCUCCCCCACUAUGACUCCUCCCUGGAAUACGAGGUCCGGUGGUACGUAUCUUCCAGUCCCUGUGCAGCCUGCUUCACCAAGAUGGCCAAUGUCCUCAGACUGAGAAAGAAUCUCCGCCUCUACCUCCUCAUGUCCCGCCUCUUCCUGUGGGAGGAGCCUGAGAUAAAGGUGGGCCUGCGGUGCCUGGCGUCACUGGGUGUGAGGAUAAGGAUGAUGAAGCCGUCUGACUUCUUGUCUGUCUGGGAAACGUUUGUAGAGAAGGAGGAGGACAUGACCUUUAACCCCUGGGAGGACUGUCAGGACAACUACCAAUACUACCAGUACAGACUCAACACCAUCCUCAAGUAAAGGUCAAAACCAUUUCACACCCUGACUACAACUACAACCCCAUCUACACGUUCUCCAACCCCAUCUACACAUCUACACGUUCAGUCAAAACCAUUUCACACCCCCACACCCUGACUACAACUACAACCCCAUCUACACGUUCUCCAACCCCAUCUACACGUCUUCCAACCCCAUCUACACGUCUUCCAACCCCAUCUACACAU